ACCGGUCAGCAUUAAUGUUUCCCGGAUUUGUGGAUGUCAUACUUCGACUAGCUCAAGUUUAGCUCAAAUCUUCCACCUUAGCGGUUGCGAUCAUGGCGCUAAACCACGGCUACUCCAUUAACUCGAGCGCGGACGACCAGGACAGUGACACUGCGCCACUUUUAGAAAGAGAAGUGGAAAAAACCACAGUGCCUCCCAAAUGCUGCUCAGUGCGAUGCAAUCUGGCUGCUAUGAUGUUCUUUGGCUUUGCUGUGGUUUAUGGUCUGCGUGUAAAUCUCAGUGUUGCCAUGGUUGCUAUGGUAAAUGGAACCAAUGACCAGCCGUCAUCCAAAAGCAAUGUAUCAAACGAGUGUCCAGGACCCUCCCAUACACUUGACAACAACAGCCAAUCAGAACAGCCAGGGAUUCCAAGAUACGCAUGGAGUCCCGAAACACAGGGAAUGCUGCUUGGUGCGUUCUUCUUUGGAUACCUGUUCACUCAGGUCCCGGGUGGAUACCUGUCAGGUCGUUUCGGGGGAAGCCUCUUCCUCGGUGGUGGUGUUCUUGGCACGGCCGUCCUCACCCUCCUCACUCCACUGUCAGCUCAGCUCGGGGACAAGUGGCUGUUCGCCCUGCGUGCGCUCGAGGGAUUCGGGGAGGGUGUGACGUUUCCUGCCAUGAUGGCGAUGUGGUCCCGCUGGGCUCCUCCGUUAGAGAGGGCUCGUCUCAUGACCUUCUCCGGGGCAGGGUCGAGCUUCGGUGCCUUCGUGGCUCUUCCUCUCACUGGCCUCAUCUGCCAUACUCUGGGAUGGCCCGCAGUCUUCUACUCCUGCGGUGCCGCAGGGUGUCUUUGGGCAGUGAUUUGGUUUCUCCUGGUAUCGGAUGAACCCCGAACUCACCCAAGAAUUAGUGACAGAGAGAAAGAUUACAUAAUUACCUCAAUCGGUUCACAGGGGACUCCUCAUGGUUGGUCAGUGCCUUUAGUGUCUAUGCUGUUCUCUGUGCCUCUUUGGGCCAUAAUCAUCUCACAGAUGUGCUCCAACUGGUCUUAUUACACUCUCCUCACCUCACUUCCCAUCUACAUGGACACUGUGCUCCACUUUGAUUUGCAACAGAACUCGUUCCUCUCUGCUCUGCCGUAUCUGUUUGGCUGGCUGUUCUCCGUGGGCUCAGGUGUGCUGGCAGACGAGCUGCUGGAGAGGGAGCUCCUGAGUAUCACCGCCAUACGCAAGAUAUUCACUUUCAUUGGUCUGUUUCUUCCCGCUGUUUUCCUGCUGGCGGUGGGCUUCUCGGGCUGUAGCGCUGUGAUGGCCGUGACGUUUCUGACUAUGUCCAGUGCGUUUGGGGGUUUCAGUGCUGCUGGCGUCUUCCUUAACCAGAUUGAUAUUGCUCCACGGUACGCGGGAAUGCUUCUAGGAAUCACAAACACUUUUGGGACCAUCCCUGGUGUUCUUGCACCAAUUGUAGUGGGUUACUUGACCAAAGAUCACUCGGUUACAGGAUGGAGGCAUGUGUUCUGGUUGUCAGCUGGAGUGAGCGCCUUCGGAGCCAUCUUUUACGUCAUCUUUGGCACUGGAAAGAUUCAGAGCUGGGCAACGACAGAUGAGGAAUCAGACACAGAUACACACAAUUAAACAUUCCAGUUGACCAAUUGAGAGGGAUAUUAGGGAUAUGUUCAGAGGGAUAUGUUACCAGUCAAAAGUUUGGACACACUUCGUUUUUUUCAUGAUCAUAAAAAA